AUGAAUAGCAAAGACUUUAUAGUUCUUCCAUGGGGAAAAUCUGGAAAUUCAGUAAAACUAAAAUAUAAAAAUUCUUUGGAAUUGAAGAUGGAGAAAACACAAUUAGAGUUGGAGAAUCAAGAGAUGGAAAAGAAACUACAGGAAUUCCAAUUCAUAAGGAGCAAAGAAAAGGAAGAAAGACAGUCAAGUGAAUAUCACUGGAAAUCUGGACAAGUGGGAAAAUUGAGUAAUCAAUCACAUAUGAUAUCACAAAAUAAAAAGCAUGUUACUAAGUUUUCUGCUGGAAAAGUGAAAUUGAAAUUACUGAAGGAACAGCUUCAAGGACCUGUGAAGCAACUUAGUAAUAAAACUACAAAUUCUUUUGAAGGCAAAAAAUUUAUAAUAAAAGGAAAAGUUUGUGGGCAAUGUGAGAACAAAGCUGCUCUACUAGUAUGCCUUGAAUGUGGUGAAGAUUAUUGUUCAGUCUGCUUUGCUAAAAUCCACCAGAAAGGGGCACUAAAACUCCAUAGAACAUCUCUUUUGCAGAAAAAACCUCAGAUAUCACCCACUAUACUAGAUGUUGCCCAUCAGUUCAUUAAGGAAGUUACUCCAAAUGAAAAACACGAAGAGCAUCAUUUUACUGAGGAGAUUUGCAAAAAUCAGCCUAAACCUAAAUCUGUUCUUUUGCAAGAUAACAGCUCUGAGGUAGAAGUUUCAACAAUAGAAGCAGAAUAUAAAAAUCCCAAAGAGAAGCUUUUGUGUGAAGAGUCAUUUGAUAAAGAAGCUUUUACCCUGUCCUUUCAGAAUGCUUUAAAUCACAAGGAAACUGAACAAGGUGGCAAUGAGAAACUGAACUUAGCAGUAACAAAAGCAGACUCAUGGGAAGUUAGUGAGGUACAAACAGAUCUGAAAAUUUGGAGAGAACCAUUGAAGAUUGAGUUUAAAGAAGAUAGUUUAUCCUAUAUGGAAAAAUUAUGGCUAAAAAAACACAAAAGUACUCUACAGGAGAAAAAUCGAAACGUGCAUCCGGAUACAUUCAUGGCACAUAAAACUGCUAGUGAAGCCGAGUGUUCUCACAAUGAAAAUAAUCAACAUAGUGAUGUUGAGGAGAACAAAGCAGAACAUGAAGAUAUUUUUCUGCCUGCACAAGAACUAAACCUAGAGAGAUGCGAACCAACUCUAAAAAUAAUUGAGCUGGAUGAUACUUAUGAAGAAGACUUUGAAGAAAUAGGAAAUAUCGUGCCUUACAAAGUUGAGUUAGCUGAUACAAACUGUCAACAAAGUUAUGCAUCUCAUGAUGAUCAGAAUUCUUUUCUGUAUGAAAAUGGCAUCCUCCAUCGACAUUUUUUCAUCAAGAGUAAAACAGACUUCUUACAUCGUUAUCUGAGUAGCAGAUUUUCUUAUUGUAAAGAUAAUCUAAGAGCAGGAGCUUCAAUUACAGAUUUGAACAACAGUGAGGGACCUGAUGCAUCUUCUCAUGCCACCAAAGAAGUAGUUGAUUAUGAGUUGUUCAAACGAAAAUUUGAAGAGAGAAGCAUAAAAAGAAGCCAAAGAUAUGAUGAUUCUCACAUACUACAUAACAGAAAGGAUUCAUUGCCAAAUGUAGAUUUAGAAAAACCUUCCAGUAGGGAGAAGUUAUCCGAAGAUGAAAAGGAAUCCUUGAAAUGUGUCAAUUUACAUUUGAUGCAAAACUUUGAAAUUUCUAAAGCUUCAGAGUCAUCACUGUUGCGCCCAGGUGGCCGCCAUUGCAGACUCAGGGACCCCAAACCCAGCGGGGAACGGCCAGUGGCCGCCGUCGCAGACUUAGGGACCCCAAACCCAGCGGGGAACGCCCGGGUGAGAGUCUCGCUCCCAAGUGGCCACCAUUGCAGACUCAGGGACCCCAUACCCAGCGGGGAACGGCCGGGUGAGUGUCUCGCUCCCAAGCGGCCGCCAUCGCAGACUCAGGGACACCAAACCCAGCGGGGAAAGGCCGGGAGAGUGUCUCGCUCCCAAGCAGCCGCCGUCGCAGACUUAGGGAACACAAACCCAGCGGGGUACGGCCGGUUGAGUGUCUCGCUCCCAUGUGGCUGCCUGUCGCGAAGCCAGGAACCCCAAGCCCGAGUGGAGAGCCGACUGGCAGAGACUUGGAGGGGGUAG